CGCCUAGCACCAAACCAAACUAACUGAAUCUUGGAUCUUCCUCAUCUUCAGAAUCUCUGCCACUGGUAAAAUGGAAACGUCCCCUCGAGUCAGGCUUAUAAUCUCCGUCUUUAUUUCUUCUCUCAUCGCCGCCAGAUCUCACAAACGGAAGUCGCUUGACCUCUCCGGCAUAGUUGCUGGAUUACUCGUUUCGACCAUCCAUUUCGCCGCCGGUUUCAGGUACGCAGCUCUGCCGCUCGUGGUCUUUCUUACUUCGUCGAAGCUUACCAGGGUUGGCGAAGAUAAGAAACGACGGAUUGAUGCUGAGUUCAAGGAAGGUGGCCAAAGGAACUGGAUACAAGUGCUUUGCAAUAGUGGAAUUGCAUCGGUUCUAGUUGUAAUUGUCUCUACUUUAACGGGAUGGCAGGACAGGUGUUUGGACUCUAAGCAGUCAGAGAUUGUAACAGCUCUAAUCGGUGGGAUCAUCGGUCAUUACGCAUGCUGUAAUGGUGACACCUGGUCCUCGGAGCUUGGGGUGCUUAGCGAUGCCCAGCCUCGACUAAUCACAACGCUAAAGCCGGUGAAGAAGGGCACGAAUGGUGGAGUUACAAAGGCAGGACUCUUAGCUGCUGUGGCGGCCGGCGCCACCGUGGGAGUAACAUUCCUUGUGUUCGGACUGUUUACUGUGAGAUGUGCAAGCGAUGUGGCUCUCAAGCAACUCUUAGUGAUUCCAGUCUCUGCGUUAGCUGGAUUAUGUGGGAGUCUUAUUGAUUCCGUGCUUGGAGCAACAAUCCAGUUCAGUGGCUUCUGUUCUGUCCGGAACAAGGUUGUAGGGAAACCAGGGCCGACCGUAAAGAAGAUAUCAGGAGUGGACAUUCUUGACAACAACGGUGUGAACUUUGUCUCCGUGCUCUUGACAUCUUUCUUAACUUCUGUUGUUUCUGUGUACAUUUUCUGAAUUGCUGAAGCUAAAUCUCAACGGAUGUAUAUAUAUAUAUACAAUUACAAAUUUUGUAUAUACAUGUACCAAUCACAGCUACGAUUACAAAUGUCCGCUUCUUCCUUUUUUCCUACUGAUACUUGUUCAAACGGAUGUAAAAACUUUGUAUUCAUAAUUUUUGUGUGUUCUCAACCAUUAUAAUAAUAUAUUGAAAUGUAUUUA